AUGGUGAAUUUGUUGCUGCUCUAUGGAUUGGCACUGUGCGGCUCUGUCCAAUGCUCAUGGGCCAGAGUUCAUUCGCAGCUUGUUGCGAAUUCUGAUUUAAUUGUUGCACCCGACCCGGAAGAUAAUGUCGUGAACACCGAUGGAGAUGUCCCUAUCUUAGAAUCGGCCGGCAUAAAUCUGUGCGAGAAUAUGGCAGACUCAUUGCUGCCCUAUGUAGGCAACUGUUCCAAUUAUGUAAUCUGCGAAGGUGGUAAUCUAACUUCUUACGGAAGCUGUUACGAGGAAGAACCUGUGGAAAAACUUUGCAAUGGUAAUACCACAGAUUGCAAGAUCCUUUUUGAUUACAAAUUCCAGGCAUGCGUGAGCGCCACAGACAAUGAUGUAAAGUGUCUGCCCGAAUGUGAAGCUUUCAAUCUGACCAGCUUCUGCUACGAUCGCACCUGCACCAAAUACGUGCUCUGCUAUUAUGGAAUACCUGUUCUACGGGAGUGCUACGACGGGUUGCAGUACAAUGCGGAAACGGAUCGUUGUGAUUUUCCCGAAUAUGUGGACUGUGUGGAGAACGACUGCCCUCAAUAUAUGUCAAUCUCAAGUAUUCGAUAUCUGCCCAGUAAGGCGCAGUGCUCUAAGUAUUUCAUCUGUUCCGACGGCAUGGCAUGGCCACAGGAGUGUGCCAGUGGCUUGUUCUUUAAUCCCAAAUGCAAUUGCUGUGAUUAUGCCAGCAAUGUUGAGUGCAAAGAAACGCCCCAGCAGCGCAAUAUUAAGCCCUAUUCCCGGUCACCGCCUCGCCGCGCCGAUGUCGUCUGUCCCAGCCAAGGUAUCCACUUCUAUGCCCACAAGUCGCGCCGUGAUGCCUACUACUAUUGUGUCGAGGGUCGUGGGGUUACCCUGGACUGUACGCCAGGCUUGUUGUACGAUUCCAAGAAACACGAGUGCCGCCAGCCUAAAUACAUUGGGAUAUGA